CGCGAGAGACGAAAUAAAUGUCGGACCGGUUUUUUCAUUGAUUCGGCCCUGUUGUGUGUGUACCGUACGAGCGAGCGGUUAAAAUUGUUCCCAUCUUUACAAGCCCUGCAACUCUUUCUCUCUUCCUCACUCAUGGCGUGGGGGAAUCCCGGGGGAUGAUGUGGGGCCCGGUACGUGCCCUAAUUCCACUGUUCUCCGAGAAAGUCUUUCUUUUCUCCAGCUCUAGUCUACCGUAGCCCUGAGUCUUCCAUGCAGCCGCUGCCUACAUAUUGCGAUUGCGAUCGCGAUCGCCCUGCUCUGCACUGGACUGGCCUGGACUGGGAACCUUGUAUUUCGGCUCGGGGAUUUGAUAUUCUGGAAAGGUAUUUGAAUCAACAGACUUGCGCGACAACAAGACUUCUGCUACGACUACGGCGCUAGGACGAGGACGAGGAGGCGAGGAGCACAAGUUCUGUUGGCAUGCAGGGCCAGGAGAGGUAGGGUCGGAGGAACGAACGCAGACGGAGUCAGGGAGGAGGGGUGGGGGUGGGGGUGGGGAUGGGGGGCAGGGGGCGGGGGUGCCGGAGGAGGGUCAGGCGAGACAGGGCCCGGCGAGUGCGACCCCAGCACCAGCCCAUUCAUCGUCAUUGAAGGCGUGAUCAAUGAGGUAAUGUACAACACCACGCUAUCAGUACAUGUUGGGUGAUUCUACCGGAGGGUGGAGUUGCUCGGCCCUGCAGGAGGCUGAUCCUUGGGCUGCAUAUCUUGGGCCGCAGCAGCGGCGUCGCUGAGUGGUAGAAUCCCAUGGAUGAAUAUGCUCCCCGUCACGUAGCAACUCAUGGCGGCCUAGCCCCGAUUUUACCUUCCCCCAAUGUGGUUUCUUUUCAUCCAUGUACGACUCGAUGCGAUCUUCCCAUGAUCUCUUCUCCAUUAUUUGGUUAAUGCGGUGACUUAUCUUCGCUUACGUCGCACUUCGUUUUCCCGUUUCGACACUUUCGACAGUCUCUUUUGAUCCAUAUCUCCGCCAACUGUUUGAAUCACAUGGCCUACCGGAUUUUGGAAGUCCGGUCAUUGGUCUGCCUACAAAAUCCAGAAUCCUUUCUCUUCGUGGAUCUGCCGAUCUUACUGUACACACUCACCAACAUCCCUCGACAUGCACUCUGCAUCAGCCCUUCUGACCUCCCCACUGCCCUUUGUUGUCUCAAAUUUACACUAUCUCUGUGCGACUUGAUGGGGGUCUUCCCAUCGAAUUGGCCAUAUACUCGGCUUCCACAUUAUUUUUACUAUCGAUGGUCGCCUACGCCGUGCCAUCCCUACGACCACAUUCAUGUCCCGUGUCCUUAUCUGGACCUUCUUUUCUUCCUCUUGCUCAUGCUUUCGUGCCCAACUCCUGGAUUCCCUGAACCCACCUUCAGUUUUACCAUCCGCUGCUCAAGCUAGCUAGCUCUACCACUAGCUUUUACUUUCGUGACCCUCAUUGUCCACGUACACCUGUUCUUCCGACUUUACUUGGGGUCAAAUCCACUUUUGUGGCGGGUAUUCAGCAGACCAGAGCGCAUUUUGCUCUGUGGAGACAUGUGCUGUGGUCCAAGCCACUCGAUCUUUCACGAACAAACACGUACCUUGUAUCCAUCAUGACUACCGAUAUCAGGACUCGAAACACCGACAGGAACAGUUGUUACUAGUGGGUAAGGGAUCACACAGGAACAACACUCGAGAAUUUCAAGUCAGGGUCUUCUGGACAAUCAUGACUUCACAAGUCAAGUUACUCAUUCACUAAGCUGUGUCUAGAUAUUUAGAUUUGGACGAAAGAAGGCUUCAUCCCACAUCUAUGAGUGUGAUCUCCUAGUUUGAUGUCAUCCAUGGAGAACAAAGGUCAAGUUACCAUUCGUGUCACAAAUGCCAAUCAUUGGCGAAGUUCGGUUACCGCAAUCCACAGCUCGACUGCAGCAGCACCAGGUUCUUGCAGGUCCGGAGAUGGGAAACACUGUCCUCAUUCUCGUCCUCUCUCCCUCUAUUCUCCUCGGUGCUUAUCUAACGUAAUGAAAUUCCAUAGGCUAUUUUUUAAACUGUCUUUGGGUAUAAGGUCAAUUUGUCCUUGUGCUGUUGUUGUUGAAGUAUGUCCUACAUACCUAUGCAAUUAUUCGUUUUCGAUGGGUUAAAGCACAAGUCUUAGUCUUCCGAUCUUAGUGUCAACCAUCCGUAUUGUCUCCGAUCAGUUCAGUUCAUCCCUUGAUCUUUGUGCCCACUGUCUAUCAUCAUCACCUCGUCUUUUUAUAUUUAAAUACGUCACUUACCCAGUUGCAAUAUGGAAUCCAACACUCUUGACUCCAGCAGGGAGAUUGUUAUCAAAAGGCUUUUGAUGGACAGUUGUGUAGACGUAUCAUCCUCUUCCUUGUAGCACUACUGUACAGACCUGUAGGUCUGGAUCGUUCACGAUUUCUACCAUGACGAUUCCAAAUAUAUUUCCUGAGAU